UGCAUUCGCAGCUGGCAGUUACAUACGCAGUCGUCUUAACUCACGUGCAAAUCGGUUUGGCUCAAUAUUGGCAAACUGUAAUGGUUCAAUCAAAAACGAAGUCCAGAAGUGAUGCUAUUAACGAGCUUCAGUAUAAAGUUAGUCGUUACUUAAAUGGUUAGACUGUUGUGUGGAAUUUGACAGGUAGAUUAGCUACGACUAGCGAAUGCGUUAGCUUUGACUUCUACAGUAACGGAAUCAAGCCGCUUAUACGUUAGACACAGCGGUAGUAGCCUAGAGCAUAACUAGGCUAGCUAGCUGACGGAGAAAAUCGAAAACCGGUCAAGCAACUUUAUUUUCAAGUUGACAGCUAACCAACGAACAGACACAUUUGCUACGUAUCUGCUUUUAUGGCUUUGCUCGCUUGCGAAUUGUCAAGUUUUAUGAAGUUGGUUACUGCGAGCUAACGACGUUGGCUGCGCUGCAAGCUUCUCAGCUAGGCUACUGAUAACCACUAGUUAGCUAGCCAGCUACAAGCUAAACUUCAUGUUUUGCCGCACAAUAUUCUGCUAUGGUGGACAACGGAGAUAUGAACGACAAUGUCAAUUACCAUGCAACUGGGGACCCACAACUGGAUAAGGCAAUACAUGAAUGGAAAACUUGGGACAAGAAUCCACAGACUAGGGAACAGGUGGAGGCCUUAUUGCAGUCUGGUGAUAAAGAGGAGCUAAGGCGAAGGAUGUGCUCCAGGAUGACGUUCGGGACGGCAGGGUUAAGGGCUGCCAUGGGUGCGGGUUUUGCCCGAAUCAAUGACCUUACUAUCAUCCAGUCUACACAGGGUAUAUACAAAUAUCUAUCUGAAACCUUUUCUGACUUGAGCAGUCGUGGUAUAGUGGUCGGAUAUGACACACGAGCACAGGAGGCCAGUGGCUGCACUAGUGAAAGGCUUGCCAAGUUAACUGCUUCUGUGAUGCUCUGUAAAGAAAUUCCAGUUUAUCUCUUCUCUACAUAUGUCCCCACCCCCUUUGUGCCAUAUGCUGUUAUGAGACUAGGAGCAGCCGCUGGAGUGAUGGUUACUGCCUCACACAACCGUAAGGAGGACAAUGGAUACAAGGUCUACUGGCAUAAUGGUGCACAGAUCUCAUCACCCCAUGACAAGGAGAUCCUGAGGUGCAUUGAGGAGAGUGCAGAGCCUUGGAGCGAGUCCUGGAAUGAGACGCUAGCAGACAGCAGCCCCCUUAGGAGUGAUCCUCUGCCAGAGAUAUGUAAAAGUUACAUGGAGGAGUUGGAUUCCAUCUGUUUUCACAGAGAGCUCAACAUAAAGUCCCCAUUAAAAUUUGUCCACUCAUCCUUCCAUGGGGUAGGCCACCGCUAUGUCCAGCAGGCCUUCCAGGCAUUUGGCUUUCCUCCUCCCAUCCCCGUACCGGAGCAGAUGGAUCCUGAUCCAAACUUUACCACUGUCCAAUGUCCAAACCCAGAAGAGGGAGAGUCUGUUUUGGAGCUCUCUCUUCGCCUUGCUGAGAGAGAGAGUGCGAAGAUUGUCAUGGCAACAGAUCCUGAUGCAGAUCGCUUGGCUGUUGCAGAGCAGUCUGACGGGUCUGGGUGGAAAGUCUAUACAGGAAAUGAGCUUGCAGCUCUGCUGGGCUGGUGGAUGCUGUUUAACUGGAAAGAGAGCCACCCCGAUCCAGCAGACACAGAGAGAGUGUACAUGCUGGCCACGACGGUCUCCUCCAAAAUCCUCAAGGCCUUCGCCCGGCUAGAGGGCUUCCACUUUGAGGAAACUCUACCUGGUUUCAAGUGGAUAGGUAAAAGAAUACACGAGCUGUCCAAAACAGGAAAGGAAGUGAUAUUUGCCUUUGAGGAGUCUAUUGGGUUCCUGUGUGGCAGUGUGGUACCAGAUAAAGAUGGUGUGAGUGCAGCUGUGGUUGUGGCUGAGAUGGCGACCUAUCUCUACAACAAGAACCUUACCCUUCACCAGCAGCUGGACAACAUCUAUGAAAUAUACGGUUAUCACAUAUCCAAAACAUCCUACGUGAUCUGCAAUGACCCCCCAAUGGUGACCAGAAUAUUCGGACGUAUACGCAACUUCGAAGGGGCGGGCACGUACCCAAAGUCAUGCGGCGGCUGCAGUAUAACGCAUGUGAGAGAUGUGACCACAGGCUAUGAUAGUAGCCAGCCCGACAAACUAUCUGUACUACCUGUGACAAAGAGUAGCCAAAUGGUCACCUUCACUCUGCAGAAUGGAAUUGUGGCCACGCUAAGGACCAGUGGGACAGAGCCCAAGAUAAAAUACUACACAGAGUUCUGUGCAUCACCAGGGAAAAGUGACAUCUCAAGCCUGGAGGAGGAGCUUGAGAGAGUUACUCACACUCUCGUUGAAGAGUUUCUGGAGCCUGAAAAGAACAACUUGAUCCGUCGAUUAAUCUAGAACAAUCAAAGCAGACCCAGUUCCAUCACCUUGGUGUUUAGUCACAACGUUAGAUGUGUUGACACUGCGUCAGUCUCUGGGUCUGUACACUGUAUGUGUGUGUAUGUAAACAUAAAACCUCUCUUAUUCAAUGCUGCUUUUAACGUACAAACGAUGGUAGUACUUCACCAAAAGACACAUGGCCACAUGUGAAACUCGCUGUAUGAACACGUCUGUGAAACAGCUGACACCCUCCCUUGCUUUCUCCACAACCAUCAGUGUGGCUAAGGCUUCUGUUUACUUUCAUUACUUACAAGGGGAAAAGGUGAACCAAACUGAUCAAAAGAGACAAUCAGAUGAGAAACAAACCUUAGUAUUGUCACAUUCACCUGAUAUUCUUUUGAGAAACUAGGGCUGCUGUUCCAUGAGAAAAGCGCUUUAAAAGAGACAAUUAAGGAUAUAUAAUUUUUUUGUCUGUAGCAUACUGCAAGCUGCCUCCUAUUUCUAAAUACAUUGUCAGUAUGACAUAUACCAUACAGUUUAAUAGUUGCAGUUACAGAAUGUUUUUGCAUGCAGUAUUAUGCAAUUCCCUUGGACUGAAUGAUGGCAAUUCCACUAGGUGUCCACUAGGUGUCAGGGUAGGCAACUACUGGGUUGGCUGCAAGGUGUCUGAGACAUAUUAAAAGGAGAAUAUCAAUUCUAGGUCAGCUGUCAGCUUUGUAUACUUGCCUGUUGCAACGGUCAUCCAUAUAAAUAUUUAUGACUGAAAAACCAAGGUUAAGAUAUGUUGUGUGAAUGUUUUCAGAAGUGAAUCCAAGUUUUACUAUUGUUUAGUAAUACAUAAGUAACUUGUUUAACUUUUACAUUUUCAUUAUAUAUAUAUCUACAUUAUCAGUUGGCCUAGAAGAUUGUCCAAAUUGCAUUGUAUGCAAAUUACUGUAUAUUAUGCAUGGUAUGUUUUGCGGCAGUAUUUAUUACUAAAACUUCAAACCCUUUGUGUUCCCGUCUUUUGUGGUUUAGUCAAUUCUGAAAACAUUUCUACAUUCAAAAUGCAGAAAAACGGAAUGCCGAGUUUGUUAUUGAUAACUGUUCAAGCACUUUUUCAUCCUGUAUUGUUUCACCUUCUUUUGUUUGGAAAAUAAAUGUACAAAGACAACCUGUUCAAUCUGUACUCAUGUAUUACAAGUUUUCGAUUUAUUUAAAUGUUCUUAAAGUCCAGCUGUGAAAUAAGCAAUGCGAAUAAACUGCCAAGUGCAAAGUAUCUGAAGCUUAAACCGUAUCACUGUAUUCAACGUGGAUAAACAAACCAAUCAUAAGAUAUAUUUUUAUAUAUUAUUUUUGAAUGUUUUAGACAACUCUUCAGUAUAUAAUGGAAUUGAAAAGGUGAGUGGGGGGUAUUUUUGAGGUGUCCGUUCAGGUAUAUCACUCAAAAACCCUAUAUGAGUAGAAC